AUGAGGAGCGAUCGGGUCCGCAGGGACGGAGGGAGCUCGAAGGACUUCGGCGCGGGACUCAAGUACAGCUCGCGGCAGGAGAACAUGAACGGCUGGGAGGAAGGUGUGGAGUUCCUGCCAGUCAACAACGCCAAGAAGGUGGAGAAGCAGGGCCCGAGGCGCUGGGUGCUGCUGGUGGCUGUGCUGACCGGUAUCCUCUUGCUGUCGCUCACUGCUGGCCUCCUGGUGUGGCACUUCCAGUACCGCAAUGCGCGGGUUCAGAAGGUCUUUAAUGGCUACCUGAGGAUCACAAAUGAGAACUUUCUGGACGCCUAUGAGAACUCAAACUCCACUGAGUUUGUAAGCUUGGCCAAAAAGGUGAAGGAAGCGCUGAAGCUGUUAUACAGCACUGUCCCCGUCCUGGGCCCCUACCACAAGGAGUCGGUCGUGACUGCCUUCAGCGAGGGCAGCGUCAUCGCCUACUACUGGUCGGAGUUCAGCGUGCCGUGGCACCUGGCGGAGGAGGCGGAGCGUGCUAUGGCUGAGGAGCGCGUGGUCACGCUGCCGCCGCGCGCGCGCGCCCUGCAGUCCUUCGUGCUGACCUCGGUGGUGGCCUUCCCCACUGACCCCAGAACAGUGCAGAGGAGACAGGACAGUAAAUGCAGCUUCGCCCUGCACGCCCGCAGCGGGCAGCAGUCUCGCUUCACCACGCCUGGCUUCCCCGACAGCCCGUACCCAGCUCGCGCCCGCUGCCAGUGGACCCUGCGGGGGGAUGCCGGCUUGGUGCUGAGCCUUACCUUCCGCAGCUUUGACGUCGCGUCUUGCGACGAACGUGGCAGUGACCUGGUCAUGGUGUAUGACACCCUGAGCCCCGUGGAGCCCCAUGCUGUGGUGCAGCUGUGUGGCACCUACUCUCCCUCCUACAACCUGACCUUCCUCUCCUCCCAGAACGUCUUGCUCGUCACGCUGAUAACCAACACUGAGCAGCGACAUCCUGGCUUUGAGGCCACCUUCUUCCAGCUGCCUAAGAUGAGCAGCUGUGGAGGCUACUUACGUGAAGCCCAAGGAACAUUUAGCAGCCCUUACUACCCAGGCCACUACCCGCCCAACAUCAACUGCACGUGGAACAUUGAGGUGCCCAACAAGCGGAAUGUGAAGGUGCGCUUCAAUCUCUUCUACCUGCUGGAGCCCAACGUGCCACAGGGCACCUGUCCCAAGGACUACGUGGAGAUCAAUGGGGAGAAGUACUGCGGAGAGAAGCCCCAGUUUGUUGUCACCAGCAAGAGCAGCAAGAUCACGGUUCACUUCCACUCGGAUCAGUCCUACACUGACAGGGGGUUCUUAGCCGAGUACCUCUCCUACGAUUCCAGUGACCCGUGCCCCGGGAUGUUCACAUGCAACACUGGGCGGUGUAUCCAGAAUGACCUGCGCUGUGACGGCUGGGCUGACUGCACCGACUACAGUGAUGAGCUCAAAUGCAAAUGCAACACCACCCACCAGUUCACGUGCAAGAACAACUUCUGCAAGCCCCUCUUCUGGGUGUGCGACGGCGUGAACGACUGCGGUGACAAUAGUGACGAGCAGCAGUGCAGUUGUCCGUCUCAGACCUUCAAGUGCACCAAUGGAAAGUGCCUCCCACAGAGCCAGCAGUGUGAUGGGAAGGACGACUGUGGGGAUGGGUCCGACGAAGCCUCGUGCAAGAGUGUGAGAGUCAUCACUUGCACUGAACACACCUAUCGCUGCCACAACGGGCUCUGUGUGAGUAAGGGCAAUGCUGAGUGUGACGGGGAGGAGGACUGCAGCGACGGCUCUGAUGAGAAGGACUGUGACUGUGGGCUGCGGUCAUUCACCAGGCAGGCUCGGAUCGUUGGGGGCACAGAUGCAGAGGAAGGGGAGUGGCCCUGGCAAGUGAGCCUCCAUGUGCAGGGCCAGGGCCACGUGUGCGGGGCGUCACUCAUCUCUCCCAACUGGCUGGUCUCCGCGGCUCACUGCUUUAUGGAUGACAGAUCAUUCAGGUACUCGGACCCCACGGUGUGGACAGCCUUCCUCGGCCUGCAUGACCAGAGCAAGCGCAGCGCUUCCGGGGUGCAGGAACACCGGGUCAAGCGCCUCAUCUCCCACCCUUUCUUCAAUGACUUCACCUUUGACUACGACAUUGCGCUGCUGGAGCUGGAGCAGCCAGCCGAGUACAGCACCGUGGUGCGGCCCAUCUGCCUGCCUGACACCUCCCAUGUCUUCCCCGCUGGCAAGGCCAUCUGGGUCACGGGCUGGGGCCACACCCAGGAGGGAGGCACCGGGUCGCUGAUCCUGCAGAAGGGCGAGAUCCGCGUCAUCAACCAGACCACCUGCGAGAGCUUGCUGCCGCAGCAGAUCACCGCGCGCAUGAUGUGUGUGGGCUUCCUCAGCGGGGGCGUGGACGCCUGCCAGGGUGACUCCGGGGGCCCCCUGUCCAGCGUGGAGGCGGAUGGGCGGAUCUUCCAGGCCGGCUUGGUGAGCUGGGGUGAAGGCUGUGCUCAGAGGAACAAACCAGGCGUGUACACGAGGCUCCCUGUAUUUCGGGACUGGAUCAAAGAGCAGACUGGGGUGUAGAGGCAGGAGCCACCCUCCGGCCACCCCAACAUGCAUACCUGCAGGCUGACAGGACUGCUGACUACAUGCCUGCCUUGGGCCGCCCUACCCCACCCCCGGAACCCAGACUGUGAACUGCAUCCCCAGGACUGGAGAUGGUGAAUCUGCCUGGAGAGCCUCUGCCUCUCUCAGCCUCGAAAGUAGGCUGGGAGGUGGGGAGAGGACCCGCAGUGCGAGUGUCUCAGCUGGGGGCGAAGUUUCGAAGACAAAGCCUCCCCCUCCAGCUCCCUCUUCCUGCAAACCGGCCUCCUCUGUUCCUGAAGAGCAGCUGUGAUGUAGCUCUGGGACCUCCUAGUCAGAGGUGGUAGGGGCUGCAGGCUCUGGGCUGUGGGGUCCUAGGGUCAUACUCUUCAGGAAAGCCAGGACUGAGGACCUUGGAAAACAGACAGGUCUGAGAUUGGACUUGUUUACCCGCUCCCAGGGUGGGCUUCAGUGUGUGUAUUUGUGUG